CUGUGUAUAUACAUGCCCCCGUCAAUGCCUUGACAGUAGACUGGCACGCACGACUGAGUGAUCUUCAGGAUGCUAGAACAUGAAAGGGGAUGCCUUCAUACUACGGAGUACAGUACACGAUAGAUGGAUGUGCCGGGGGGCGCUCUGCAGCGCCUGGCGCCUGGCAACUGGCGACAGUCUUAGCCCUAAGCCCGGCCACGGGCUUUUCCAACUUCACUUACCCUCCCCAAACUGGGGCUCAACGCCCGCUCGCGGCCUACUCCUUCUUGCUCUGCUGCUCAAUUGAGUGAGGAAACACGAACAAUACCUUACUGAGCUUCCUUCAAAGGAUUUGUCUACGGGGUGUACGGUGUAUGAAGGACGACACAGAUGCCAUGGAAUGUGGGCCAAUGGCUCAACUAAAGUCGUCCCACUAGCCAGCCAUACCAUCCGGCCCCCAAUUCCUGCCCCGUAUUACCAUAUGGGUGCCGAUUUGGAAAGAUUUC